GUUGCUGCUCUUGCCAAAACUUUUGAAAGUUCGGACUUCCCAAAAGAUUACAAGGCUUUACUUGAAGAGAUGUGUUGCAACACUUCUAAUGAGUGUUGUAUGAUCAAUGAAUGUUCUAAAUGUAAAAUGGACAUACAUGAAAUUGUACGUACAGAAUUUGAUUUAAACAUAACUAUUAAUAAUGGAAGGAGUGGUAGGAGGUUGACAAACAUCUCACUGUACAUGAAGUUGUGUCAUCUGUUGAAGAUGCUUUGGAAAAAGCCAACAAGCAAUUUCCUACGUUCAAAACUCACUCAUUUGUAAAAAAUGUCCAGUUUGAUCAUUUUGAAAAUCUAAAACAUAAUGCUACAGAUGAAAAAAUUGUAGUUCAAUUUGAUUAUGUUGAAAAUUAUUCAAUCAUCCAACAGGAUGAAGUUCAAAGCUCCCACUGGCAGCACAAACAAGUCUCAAUCUUCACCUGUGUUAUUUGGAGAAAAGACAAAAAGGUUGAUUCCUAUGCUGUUGUAAGUGACGAUCUAUCGCACUCAAAAUUUUCAGUGUGGACUUCUCUGAAAACUAUUUUUUGUCAUUACGACUGUACCAAUGUAAAGCACGCUGACUUUUUCAGUGACAAUUCUGCGGCUCAAUUUAAGAACCGCUACAUCAUUUCUAAUUUGUGCUAUCUUAAUGAUGAUUUGAACAUGGAAGUUACAUGGAACAAUUUUGCAGCUAGCCGCGGUAAAGGUGUAGUAUAUGGUGUUGGUGAUAUUGUCAAAGGAAAGGUUUGGGUGGCUGUAAAGAGCAGACAGGUGAUUGUUAACUCAGCUAAAGACUUUUAUGAUUGUGCCGUUCAGGAGUGUGAUAAAAUUAAUUUGCUAUAUGUUCCAAGUGAAGCAGUUGAAGAAAACAAAGCCUUACUUGACUCAAGAUUCAGAAGGUCCCUAAAAAUCACUGGGAGCCAGUCAUACCAUGUUUUGAGAGAGCAAGUGCUACACAUGUUUAUGCUAAGCGAACAGCUCUUUCAAAGAAAAUGAUGAUCAAAGCUUUAAAAUCUUGUGCCAAUAAGAGGCUAAGAUACCAUGAAGUUUACACUUCUUCAGAGGAUGAAACAACUCAUGCUGAAGAUGAACCCUGGCCGGAACCACUGGAAGACAGCAUGUCAGGUGAUCAAUCACUUGACCUGAACUCCAACCCUGUUAAUGAAUCAGACAAAGUGGAAGAAGGAGACUGGGUGGUUGUCAUUUAUGAUCAAGACUGGUAUCCAGGUAUUGUUGAUAGAAGAGAUGAAAACUUUCUGUCAGUCAACUUUAUGAGCAAAACUGGAAUAAAAUUCUUCUGGCCGAGCCCCCCAGACAUUCUGACGGUGGAGGCAGACAGCAUUUUGUGCAAAGUGGACUCACCGCUAUUCCCAUCUCCCAACGUCAUUUCAGCAUGGCCAAAAAUACAUUGAAACAUAUCCAGUCCCUGUAUAGUAAAGUUAAUUGAAUGUUUUAUAAACAUGCAAAGAAUUGUGUAUAAAAAUAGUAAUAAGUUAUGUAUAAGCACAUGUAUAUGAAGAUUUUUUUUUAUGCUUAUAAAAAGUUAUUCUUUUUUAAAAGCAUUUAGAGUCUCAUUCAAUUACCUUUCAGUUACCCAUUGUAGGUACAGCCAUUCAAAACCCUGAAAUAAUAAUAAUUAAGGCCACUUUAGCAUACUGAAAUGAACCCGUCCCGUCCGUUACAAAUAGAUGUCCCUUCCGUUACAGGGUGAAAAAGUAAGUUUAAAACAAAUACAAAUUUGUACAAAUAAGUUGUGAUAUGGAAUUGAUAGUUUAAUUUGUAUAAUAAAUGAAUUUAUUAUUUUAAGGAGUAUUUAGCCAUGACUUGAACUGACGUUUUGAAUUAUAUGAAUACAAUUGAAACCUUACUUCCAAACAGCUUCCCGUCCGUUACAUUUAGUAAAAUAUUUGUAACUCAUAAAAAAGUACCUACAAAAAAUAUGACUUUGUAUCUCACAAUUCUGGCACUUCAUUCUGUUUAUACUAACAUCACAAUAUUACAGUUUUAUCCAUUUAUUUGGAUAAUACAGCCUUCUGAUUAGUGAUAUACCAGUUAGAAUGUCCCGUCCGUUACAAAAGAAAGGCUGUAUAGUAAAGAUUGAUUUAUGUUUUUGCCUGUGUGCUCUCGGCCUCAUUUAACAAUAUGCGUCGUAUUUGCACAUCUUGUUGAAAUAUUCGUUCUAUUUCGUUAUUGGUCAGAUUUUAUUGCAUUUUACAUUUCAA